AUGAGUGUUGAGUUGCGAGGCUUGCCAUUAUUAAAGAUAGAAGAUUUACCUUCUUUUGUCCUUCCUUUAAAUCCAUUUGAUAGCUUUCCUAGAUUGUUUUGUGAUAUGUUCCAAAACAUGAAGAAGUAUCGAUGGGUUAUAGGGAACUCAUUCUCUGAGCUUAAGAAAGAUGUUGUUGAGUCUAUGGUUGAUCUCUCGUCCUAUUAUUUAAGGCUUAGAGCAAAUCAAGAUGAAAUUGUUAGUAAUGAGGAAGUUAAAAAAUGUAUUAGAGAGAUCAUGGACAUACCAAAGUCCGAGGAGGUUAAAUCCAAUGCAAAGGAAUUGAAGAUCGAGGCAACGGAUGCGAUUGCUUAG